AUGUCGUCUAACGUUGAUUCCACCGUCGCAGUAGCAGAAGAUGCCAUCCCGGAGGAGAAGCCGCAGCCGGCGCGGCAGCCGAGGAGAUUUCCACCGCCGUGUUGGACUCAAGAAGAGACGUUAGCUCUUAUCGAAGCCUACCGUGAGCGGUGGUACGCGCUCCGACGUGGGUACCUACGGACGGCUGACUGGGAUGCGGUGGCAGCUACCGUAACCAGCCGCUGCCCAGAUGCUUCUCCGGCGAAAACCUCAGCUCAGUGCCGACAUAAAAUGGAAAAACUCCGGCAACGCUACCGUGCGGAGAAGCAGAGAUCCCUUUCCUGCCCCACCGGUAGGUUUUUCUCAUCUUGGUUCUUCUUUGACAAUAUGGACGCCAUGGAAAAUGGUACUACUGUUGCAGCAAUCAGAUCUAAUAAUCAACAAAUCGCUGAGAAACAACAAGGGGUUCCUGCUGUUUCUAAUGAUGGGUAUUCUUUAAAAACGAUGAUUGAUCAGAAUUUAUUGAAAUUGAAGAUCAAUCCGAAGAAUAAUCUAAAUUCACCCCCGAAUUUCAUGUUUAAUCAUGUUUUAGCUGCGAAAAACUCCGAAAAGAUUAACUUUGCUAGUAGGAUUCCAAAUGGGUAUUGUUCUUACAUGGAUAUGGGAUCUAACAAAGAGGAACAUCCACAUGAUCUUGAGUAUUCAAGUGGGUAUAGGAUGAAAAAUGGAAUUUCAAUGAAAGCGAAGCGAACAGGGAGGAUUAUUGGAGAUGUAAAUGGUGGGGGGAAUUUUGUAAUGAAUCCUAGUUAUGAUUGUGAUGAAGGAAGUGAAUAUAAUGGAAGUAAUGCUAGUGAUGGAUUCCAUAUUAGGAAUAUGGGUGUUGGUGUUUCAAGUUCAAGAAGAAGUUAUAAUAGUGGGAAUGUUGAACAACAACCCAAUCUUGAUUCUAGGUUCAGUCCUGGUUUGUCGAAAUUCGGGAACAAGGGAGGAGGUGGUGUAGGGAUGAAGAGGGGGAGGGAUCCCGUGGAAGAGAUGGUUUUAUCGAUUAAGUUAUUAGGCGAAGGGUUCAUGAAAAUGGAGAAAAUGAAGAUGGAAAUGGCAAAGGAAGUGGAGCAGAUGAGAAUGGAAAUGGAGAUGAAACGUAAUGAGAUGAUACUUGAAUCACAAAAGCAGAUUGUGGAAGCAUUUGUGAAGGUCUUAGGUGAGGUUCACAAGAACAAGAAUGGGAAGACUGUUUCACCUGAAUCAUAG